AUGUUACUAGAAAGUACUACUAGGUAUAGGAGGGCAACCAUAGACUUAAAACAGCCGGCCCUCAAUGGUGCUGCCCAUGCUGUCACAGAAGAUAUUGUUGCACAGGUGCAAAGCAGGGUCAUCAUGCUAGCUCUAUGGGAGAAACAGGCCAGGACACGGCGGAGCAGGGCCAGCUCCUCUCAGCUCUGUGGGAGCAACAGGCCAGGAUACAGCGGAGCAGGCCAGCUCCUCUCAGCUCUGUGGGAGCAACAGGCCAGGACACGGCGGAGCAGGGCAGCUCCUCUCAGCUCUGUGGGAGCAACAGGCCAGGACACGGCGGAGCAGGGCAGCUCCUCUCAGCUCUAUGGGAGAAACAGGCCAGGACACGGCGGAGCAGGGCCAGCUCCUCUCAGCUCUGUGGGAGCAACAGGCCAGGAUACAGCGGAGCAGGCCAGCUCCUCUCAGCUCUGUGGGAGCAACAGGCCAGGACACGGCGGAGCAGGGCAGCUCCUCUCAGCUCUGUGGGAGCAACAGGCCAGGACACGGCGGAGCAGGGCCAGCUCCUCUCAGCUCUGUGGGAGCAACAGGCCAGGAUACAGCGGAGCAGGCCAGCUCCUCUCAGCUCUGUGGGAGCAACAGGCCAGGACACGGCGGAGCAGGGCAGCUCCUCUCAGCUCUGUGGGAGCAACAGGCCAGGACACGGCGGAACAGGCCAGCUCCUCUCAGCUCUGUGGGAGCAACAGGCCAGGACACGGCGGAACAGGCCAGCUCCUCUCAGCUCUGUGGGAGCAACAGGCCAGGACACGGCGGAGCAGGGCAGCUCCUCUCAGCUCUGUGGGAGCAACAGGCCAGGACACGGCGGAGCAGAUCAGCUCCUCUCAGCUCAGAGCCGCCCCCACUACAUGCUAA